UUCAUCAUCUUGGUUAUUGUGUUGUGGAUUUGGAAAAAACUGUCGAUUUUUAUCUCAAGGCUCUUGGUCCUCUUGGGUUCGUCUUUCUCCCAACAUGCCUCCUCCUCCUCCUCUCCUCUCUCUUUGCUCCCCGCUAAUUAAGCCCCUCUCCCCCUAGCUAUGAAAAAUGCAUUGCAUUCCCUGGCAUUGAAUCAAUUGGUGUGAGCGGUCGCCCGUCCAUCUGGUUCCAGCAGCGCACGCCAGAGAAUACCCGCGGCGUUGUUAAUGCCCUCCACCUCGGAAUCCAAGCCAAAGACAAUGCCACCGUUGAUGCAUUCUAUAAGGCCGCCAUGUAUGUCCCCACCCCUUCUCCGCGGCCCUCACAGAGUCACUGACCAACCUGCCAUCCUCGCAGAGCCGCAGGAGGCACAUGCAACGGGCCACCCGGACCUCGCCCUCAAUAUACCAAGACCUACUACGCCGCUUUUGUGCUCGACCCUGAUGGAAAUAACCUCGAGGCCAUGUAUAUGGAUGCCAAUUACGAAGCUGAGUUGCGAGCUAAGGCGGAGGCUUCUGGCGAGGGGGGUUGCACGGGCAUGUCCUCCGAGGCACAAGCCUAGAUUACCUGUUUUGGGAUAUGCAAGGCUUUGUCGGCUCUCUUCCUGCAAGGAGUGGGGAGGGGUGAAAUAUGAAAUAU